AUGGUAAUCACUUUAGAGCCACGCUUGACUGUAGCUAAAACAGCAGUAGUAACCACCAGACCGCCACUCAAAGCGCAAGUAACAAGGGUAAAAUAUUGCAUCUCCGGCAGCUGCGGAACAUUUAGCAGCGCUGCUGCAGCACGCACUCGUCCCCUCUCUUUCUGGCGCGCUCGGCGCCUCUCUCUCUCGCACCAUGCAGUUGAAAAUGACUUUUUGCAUGUGUUUUUUGGUUUCUGUUUGCCUUUGUCUUUUUUCACACACGCCACUAUUAACCCCAGAGUGGCGAUGAGUGCUGAAAAUUAUUAUUUAAAACAUAUGUAUGUGCCCACGCUUACCACUGAUCAUAGAACUGUGCGAGAGAACGUGAUAACUUUGUGGCGCAUAAACGAACCGCUAUAAUCACAAAUCAAGCGAACAAAACCGUUUGCAACCGGUUCGGCGUAUCAGUGUGCUUGCCCGUGAAACCGCAGCUCUCUGAACCGCUCCUCUCCGAACCGCUCUCACGCUCUCUGGUUCAGAGAACGGUUUUCGCUUUGGCUGUGGCUCGAGCGCGAGAACGUGAGUUAGUAACCAGCCGUAACUUGAGUACGGUGCACCCCAGAACCCAAAAGCUGAACCGCAGGUUCCCGCAGUCCGGAACAAUGUCUAAAAAGUACCCGAACCCGGUGACCAAGCACUUCAUCUACAGCGAUAGGACGCGGAAGAGUACCUGCAAAAGGUGCCACUUCGACAUGGCAGGUCGCCACUCCGAGAAUCUGAUGCGGCACCUGAAACGCAAGCACGAGGAUGCCUACAAAAGUGUUCUGGACGAGAAGCGAGAAAUCCGUGCGGCACUUGCCCAGCAGCAGGCCACCAAAGACGCAGUCAAUCCGACGCAGAAAGUCCUGACAUCUAAGUGUCAAUAUCCAUCGACACGAAAGAAGACUUUCAUUACCGAGGACGACGACUCCCAGCUUACUGCCAUGGAAACCAUGGUGAUGGUGAAUGGUGAACAGACCGGGGACGUAGAUAACAAGAACAACGCUACAGAUAGUCAGUUCCAGGGCGUUUUUAUUGGGAAAUCGGAGAUACCUGACGAGGAGUAUCAGUGGAAAAACUCCGCAAACAUGGAACUGACUACAAGCGAAUCCAGCGUCUGUGUGGCCCCCACUUCCACCACUGCUCGUGCCAAGUCUCCAGCCAGAGCCGCAUCUUCGGCUGCUCUAGACAAUUCUUCAGGCGACGAGGACUACUUCCUCCGCUAUCUCGGCAGCAAAUUGGGCAAAUACUCCGCGCGCACGAAGAACACAGUCCAGUUUCAUAUUAAUCGCAUCCUGUACAAGGCGGACAUGGGUCACUUUGAAGAAACAGAUUCCAGGACGGGCGAUGCCGACGACGCCUCCCCGUAGCGUCUCUAUGCUGUACAUAUGUUUCUUAACGCUUUGCUGUAAAUAAAAAUUAUCUCACGAGUUGUCAAACACCUAAAAAACCAACAAACUUUAGGGG